AUGUAGAACAACAGCUUCAGUUCCUCUCAGAGUCUCUGAGAGUCUGACUGAUGAAGAUGAAGCUGCUCCUCUUCCUCAGCGGGGUCCUCUGGGUCUCUGCUGAUGUUCUACAUAAGGACCUUAGUAUCGAUGGAUGCUCAGACUCUGAUGGAGAGUCUGUGUACACCCUGGAUAGAGAAGUGCUGUGGUACGCCAACUUCCAGAAGGGAGAAGGAGUCGAACCUCUGCCUCCUUUUAUUGACCAGAUGAGCCGCCCAGGAGCUUAUGAAACAGCUGUGGCUAAUCAACAGAUCUGCAGAGCAAACCUGAGGACGAUUCGUAUAGCCAUGAAGGACAUCCCAGAUGAAAACGACCCCCCCGACGGCAUGAUGAUUUACCCCAGAGACAAUGUGGAGCUGGGAGUGAAGAACAUCCUGAUCUGUCACGUCUCUGGUUUCUAUCCGGCUCCGGUCAACGUCUCCUGGACCAAAAACGGUCAGGAAGUGACUGAAGGAAGCAGCAUCAAUGUUCCCCUCCUCAAUAAGGACUUCACCUUCACCCAGAUCUCCAGGCUGCAGUUCGUCCCUCAGUUGGGAGACAUCUACAGCUGCUCCGUGGAGCAUGUGGCUCUGACAAAACCACAGACCAUGACCUGGGAUGUGGAGGUGGACAAUCCUCAUUCCGGUCUCGGUCCGUCUAUCUUCUGUGGAGUCGGUCUGACCAUCGGCCUGCUGGGAGCCGCUGUGGGAAUUUACUUCGUGAUCAAAAGGAACAAGUGCAGAUGAUUGGCUGAAGCUGAUUGGUUGAUGAUUUAUGUUCAGUUUUAAACUGUGUUUUUUUUUUUUAGUUUUCACUUUAAUCAGUUUCUUCUCUUCAUCACUGAUGUAAAUUUAAUAUAAACUACUUUGACUGAAAGAACGAGAUCACGGAUACAAGCGGCCAAAAUGGGUUUCCUCCGCAGGGUGUCUGGACUCUCCCUUAGAGAGAGGGUGAGAAGCUCGGUCAUCCGGGAGGGACUCAGUGUAGAGCCGCUGCUCCUUCAUGUCGAGAGGAGCGAGGUGAGGUGG